ACUGGUUUGUACGGAACGACGAUCCCAAAGUCAGAGCAAUGUCAGGCCUCGCCGUCGCUGGUUUUUGGGGAGAAAAUUGGAGCUCGGCGCUCCACUGGAAAACAGCGGGUUCCUUUCUGGUUCAGGUGUGCGUUUUGUUGGUAGCUGUGGUUUGCGUGAAGUUCGUGGGAGAAUGGUUGAGAGCGUACUGGUAUCUCCGGCGAGUGCCGCAUCCGAAAGAAAAGUGGCCGUUCUCUCUCGUGCUGGACAUGUGGCAGGAGAUGUCGAAGAUGGAUCCCAAUAUUCCGAUGACAGCCAAAAUGUUUCAAUACCUUCGGAGUAUGAUGCCAACGAUUCUUGAUCAGGAUGUCACAGCCUGUUACUACGGUCCUGUGCCAUUACUCUUUGGUGUCACACCAGAUACCGUGGAGAAAAUAUUUAGUAACCCACGUAACCAGAACAAGCCUUUCAUCUACCGCCUCAUGCAGCCUUUCAUAGGAAAUGGAAUAGUACUGAGCGACACGGACGUUUGGAAAAGCCGUCGGAAAGCCAUGACGCCUGCCUUCCAUUUCAAGGUGCUUGACAGCUACGUCCCCACCAUGAGCCGCAAGGGAGAGGAACUCAUCCCGGUGCUCAACAACUUUGAAGGGAAAUAUUUUGACGCGCUUCCCGUCAUGCGUAUGGUAGCGUUCGGCAUUUUAUUCGAAACUGCGUUGGGAAGCCGCAUUAAUGUCAAAGAGGCUCAGGAAAAUGGACUCUUCAUUGCAAUGGACAACGUCGGUUCUUUCGUCGUCGACCGAAUGAUCAAUCUUUUCCACUGGCCUGAUUUCACGUACAACCUCACGGCAAAGGCGAAGGAGUUCUACAAGCACGUGGCUGUGAUCCGGGACUACAAUGACUCGAUUGUGAGAGAAAGAAGUGCAGACUACAAGGCCCGCCAGGCGGAAGGGAAGAAUUCCUUUCUCGAUGCCAUGCUUAAAGUUCACUUUGAAGACGGAACCAUGUCUCUGGACGCUAUCAGGGACGAAGUUUCCAGCGUCUUCAUAGGGGGGUUUGACACCACGGGAACGGCAAUGGGAUACACGUUACACCUGCUCGGUAACCACCCAGACGUUCAAGCCAAAGUUCACGACGAGGUCGAUGCCAUCUUUGGUGACGACCGAGACAGGCCCAUCACCGUCGACGAUCUCAAGCAGCUCACUUACCUCGAAUGCGUCAUAAAGGAGUCCAUGCGGCUGUACCCACCACUGCCCAUCGUUGGUCGUAGAAUCGACGAAGACAUUGAAAUCGGCAAGUACGUCAUACCAAAGGGAACCAUGGCCCUGGCCGCAUGCUUUUUCCUCCAGCGCCACCCGAGGUUCUACGAAAAACCUGACGAGUUCAUUCCUGAACGGUUUAUGGACAGCCAGAGGAAACAUCCUUUCCUCUACGUGCCAUUCGCUGGUGGUCCAAGGAAUUGCAUCGGCCAAAAGUUCGCUCAGAGAGAGGAGAAGAUCAUCUUGGCUCACAUCAUGAGGCAUUUUAACGUGGAGUCAAAGCUUCGGACGGAAAACCUUACGUUGUGCAUGGAACUGGUUUUACGGCCGUUAGAAGGACUCGAAGUGAAGCUCACACCAAGACUAGUCUCCUAGUACAGAUGUACGUGCUAGGCUUAAUAAAUGAAUGAAUGUGUGUA